AGCGAACAGACAGGCAGCUGUUUAGACAGUCUUAGCGGCAGGACCUAAACAUGGCGGCCUCCUGGCGGCUGGGAUUUCAGGGGAUUGUGACCGGGAUGAAGUGGACAAAACUCCACAAAUGUCAUGCCUUCCCCGGGAGUUUAUUGGGAUGUAAACGAUACGUUUUCCAGUCGCCGCCUGUGCUGGGGGCUGCUCCUGUCAAAGUGCUAAUGCCGGCUCUGUCUCCCACUAUGGAAGAAGGCAAUGUUGUUAGGUGGUUGAAGAAAGAAGGGGACAUUGUUAAUGUUGGUGACGCACUUUGUGAGAUUGAAACGGACAAGGCUGUCGUUACAAUGGAGUCCAAUGAUGAUGGUGUCCUGGCGAAGAUAUUGAUGCAAGAAGGUAGUAAAAGUGUUCGUCUCGGCACGCUCAUUGCACUUAUGGUGGAAGAAGGCCAGGACUGGAAGCAGGUGGAGAUCCCAGCACCCGAGAGCACAAUGGCCGGUGGACCCCCUGCCCCCCCACCAGCCACCCCAGCAGUGGCUCCUGUGUCACACGCGCCAGGAACACAAACAUUUCAACUGAGACUUAGCCCAGCUGCUCGGCACAUUCUAGACACUCAUGGUUUGGAUCCAGGGAAGGUGAAUCCGUCUGGGCCACGAGGAAUCUUCACCAAAGAGGACGCCCUAAACCUGCUUAAACAAACCGCCACUCAAGCACCAGUGGCUCCUACAGCAGCUCCUUCACCGAGGACCCCAGCGGCAGAACAGCCACCUAAGACGUCUGCGACUCUGCCAGCGUCUCCUCCAAGACAGCCAAGUUCAACGGCUUCAUUCACAGACAUACCAGCCAGCACUGUACGGCGUGUGAUUGCCAAGAGACUAAUGGAGUCCAAAACCACAAUCCCUCAUGCGUACGGCACCGUCGACUGUGACCUGGGGGCAGUUCUGCAGCUGCGCAAAGACCUUGCCAAAGAUGAAAUCAAAGUGUCCGUCAACGACUUCAUUAUCAAGGCAGUUGCCGUUACACUCAAAGAAAUGCCUGAAGUAAAUGUGACAUGGCAGCCUGAAGGACCUCUGCCCCUGGACACAAUCCAUAUCUCCAUUGCUGUCGCAACCGACCGGGGGCUCAUUACACCCAUCAUACGGGAUGCUGCCAGCAAAGGGGUGCAACAGAUCUCGGCAGACGCUAAGGCUUUGGCUCAGAAAGCACGAGACGGAAAGCUGUUGCCCGAAGAAUACCAAGGGGGCUCAUUUUGCAUCUCGAAUUUGGGGAUGUUCGGGAUCAGCGGCUUUUCUGCGGUUAUUAACCCUCCACAAGCUUGCAUCCUGGCCGUCGGGAUGUCACGGCCCGAAGUCACCCCCGUCCAAGAGCCCGAUGGCAGCCUGACCCUCCGGCGGCAGCAGCUGAUGACGGUGACCCUGUCAAGUGACGGCCGAUUAGUAGAUGACCAGCUAGCCUCGCAAUUUUUGAUCAAAUUUAAAGCCAACCUGGAAAAUCCCCAACGCAUGGCCCUGGCGUGAAAAGACGUUGUGCUCGUCAUGUCUGUCGGGGAGAGUUUGUUACAGCAAGGACCGGGAAGUGUCUUCUCUUUUAUGGGAGUCCAUUGUCAGAUCUACAGCCAGCGACCGAUUUACGUUUAAGCUAUAAUGAUUUUAAAUUCCCACGUGCCAUGUUUCGUCCACAUGAUGCCCGGUUGUCAAGCCCAGCGUUUAACGCUGCAGUUUGUUGUGCUUCGUUUCAAAGAAUUUAAGCAUUAUUGCCAUUUUGGAAACACCCAGUCGACAAUUAGAAGUGAAAUAUUCCCAGUUGUGAAGCGAAAUAUAAUUUCAUUAAGAAUUCCGUUAUUUCCCAGUUUUUACCGUCUGUGCCAGAUAUCCCUGCUAUUUAACUACAAAGCAUGUGGUUUACACAGUAAGGAAUUAUCCACUCCACUGUCCGUCCCCCCCGUCCCACCCUUUGAUUACGGUGUACAACUUCCGAGAUCAGAAAAGCAUUCAAGUCGUCCUGUCACACGAGUCACAUAUCAACGGUGACAGUACGGUGACAGUGACUGAGCUGCAGUUUAGCUGUCAAGCCAGUUAUGCUUUUCUGUGCUACUCACACCUUCAGCUUCUGACUAAGGGCUUUACAGAUGUCGCCAUAUUCUCCAUCUUCAGUCGUGCAUAUCGUUCUUAAGGGUCGCAAUAUUGGCCAAUAGCGGCACACGCAGACAAAGGUGCAAAGGGAAUAUGAGGCAUACGAUCACCCCCAUAAAUGCCCAUUGCCUAUACGCAUCUAUAAACUUGGCACAGAAAAUUUCUUUGUUGUAAAAAUGAUCAAAGCAAAGGUUGUAUUUAUUUGAAAAAAAGUUACAUGUUUUGGAAAAACUAAAUCUCUUGUGGGUUGGUAAAAAUAAAUAAAGAAAAUGUUGUGUA